AACGUCUGAGAUUCUGAGUUCUGAUGACGAGACACACAGAUCGCAGACCCGACAAGAAACGCCAUCUCCAUCAGCAAUUACAGAUUAGCACCGCGCACUUGCCCAAAAAAAAAAAAACUCGAAGCGGCGGUCCCCGUUCAGAGACCCCUGCCCAAAUCCCAGCGUCCGCCGCCGCGCCGCGCCCUCGUUGCGAUCUCCCGCACAAAUACCCGAUCCGCCAUGGCUGGAAUAAGGCUGACGCCCGAGGAGCCCGAGAUGCCCGUCGGCACGCCGCCCCGCCCCCAGCUCCCGGCAUCCGUCGCCGGAGCAGGCGGUGGCAGCGGGGGCCUCGAAAUGGCGUCGGACGACGAGCGGUCCGUGGCGGCCGACUCUUGGUCCGUGCGGAGCGAGUACGGGAGCACGCUCGACGACGACCAGCGCUACGCCGACGCCGCGGAGGUGCUCGCCGCUGCCGCGGCCUCCGCCAACUUCCCCUCCGCCGCCUCCGAUUACUGUUCUGAUAAGGAAGAUCAAGAUCCUGGUGAUGUUGAAGGAUCAAUGCUGGGUCUCCAAAGCUACUGGGAUGCUUCGUAUUCAGAAGAUCUUGCAAAUUUUCAGGAACAUGGGCAUGCUGGAGAAAUAUGGUUUGGUGCAGAUGUAAUGGAUACAGUUGCUGUUUGGACAAAGAGUUUGUGUAACAUUAUUCAGGGCGGGAUUCCAUCUGGUCAUGACAGCAUGAAAAGUGAAGUCGAUGAACAAUUAUUCUCCAACUACCCUGUGCUCGAUGUUGGAACUGGGAACGGCCUUCUCUUGCAAGCACUUGCUAAGCAGGGGUUUACAGAUUUAACAGGAACUGAUUACAGUGAAGGAGCCAUUGAACUUGCAAGAAACCUUGCCACUCGUGAUGGCUUCGAUUCAAUAAAAUUUUUGGUUGAUGAUAUACUAGAGACAAAGUUAGAUAGGAAAUUCAAAAUUAUUACAGACAAAGGGACUUUGGAUGCCAUUGGAUUGCAUCCAGAUGGUCGUGCGAAAAGAAUAAUGUAUUGGGAGUCUGUAUCAAACUUGGUUGAGCCAGGUGGCAUUGUGGUCAUAACAUCAUGUAAUCACACAAAGGAUGAGCUUCUGCAAGAAGUAGAAGAAUUCAGCAAGAGAAAAUUUGGCAAGGAGAACAUGGAUGAAGGUGCAGGACCUGCGUCCCAGAUCUUCCGGUACAUAGAUCAUGUCCGAACAUACCCCACCAUAAUGUUUGGGGGAGUCGAGGGGUCUCAAGUGUGCACCGUGGCCUUUCAACGGAUGUAACAAAGAAACACAGGUACGCAUCAUACUUGGUCCAAUACUAUUUUGGCUCUAGAAGGACGUUCGUUACUUCACUUGUGGGACUGUUCCCACUGUAUCUGUCUGAACGUGAGGAUAGUAAGGGAAUCUUCCGAACCAUUUUUCUGUAACUGUAAACGAACAUGAGAUGAUGUAUUGUUAAUGUACCGUGAACUUUCCUUGUAAUUUUGGUCCCUUCAUCCGGUAUACAGAGUUGUAGUUUCAAUCCAUGAUAAUUUUUUGUA